AUGCUGCUCCUACAUCAGAUUGGAAGCGUCAAGAUAGGCGAGGUUGUGCGCUACACGGUCACCUACACACCCUCAAACGACCGCAUCCUCCCGUCGCCCGAGUGUCUACACCUGCGAAUCAGGAACUCGUCCUCCACCGCCUUGCGCGCCGCCUUUGUCCACGGACCCUACACCCUCUCCGUCGCCGCAUACCCUUCGCAUUACGAUCCCAACAAGAAGUUCGCCCAGCCCCGUCGCUAUGGCGUCCCCGAGUUCGAGCCUAUGCUCAAGGCCGGCGGCUCUUGGGCCUGCCGCCUGCUCGUACCAGAUAACAUUCGCCAGUCUGCCGGUUCCAACGUGACCAAGGGUUACUUUGGUGGAAGCUCGACUCCUACAAAUCCCACCUCGCCCGGGGUCCCGCCGGGAAUGGACCUUGAAGCGCAGCCGCCAAACUCGGUGUCAUGGAUCAUUGAAGUCUCGAGCCAGGUGAUAUUCUCAACCUCGGCUGCCGUUCACUACGAGAUCCUAUUGGCUCGGGACGAGAAGUCCCUCCAUUUGGGAAUUCCGGGCGUCUCCGUCAUUGGUGGCUCCCAAGUCCACCUGCCACAGCCUGGAAAGAUCAGCGACUUCCAGCCGCCUCCCUUGCCGCGCGAAGAACUGCUUCAAAAUAAUCAAAGCCCGCAAAAAGGUGUAUUCUCAAGUGCCAUCUUCAUCAAAGUUGAGGACACUGCUGCGUUAUGGGACACACCAAAGCUGGCGAGUUUCGAUGGGGCCAAUAAACUGAAAGACAAAGUUGGGGCAUCAACGCAGCCAGGGGUGGAGACGACGGGAACUGGAAUUACACAAUCAGAAGCAUCAGAGACCUCUCAAAAUGCUCAUGCCACUAGCCCAGCUGGGCCACCAAAUACUUGUCAUGACGAAAGUAACAGAAAGAAAGCGCCUGACAGGCGCCAGAAGGUCCACCUUGUUGUUCUGACUCACGGGCUUCAUAGUAAUUUGGGGGCGGAUAUGCUGUUCCUCAAAGAAAGCAUAGAUGCCGGCGUUAGGCAAGCAAAAAUUGAUGCCAAGCAAAGGCGGGCAAAAGAGUCUAGGGAAAAGCGGGAAAGGGAACAGGAGAAAGGCAAGAGCCAGGACGAGACGGCAUCGAAUGAAGAUGGCGGCAGCGCUAGUGGAGGCAAAAAUGGCUCUGGUGAAGACACUCUAACACCACUAAACCAAGCCGGAACUUCUGGCGAUGAGGUCGUCGAAGACGAUGAAGAGGUGGUCGUUCGAGGCUUUUCCGGCAACGCAACUCGCACAGAACGUGGCAUCAAGUACCUGGGGAAACGACUUGCCCGAUAUGUGCUCUCCAUGACUUAUCCAGACCAACCGUAUCUGCCCGCAUCUCUGGCCAAUGUCGCCAGUGGUGGUGGUAGUGGUGGUACGUCGGCUCACAAGCACAGCAGCAUCCGCAAAGAGCCCAAGCAAGAUGAUUUGCGAGGCCACCGCAUCACCAAGAUUAGCUUCAUUGGUCAUUCUCUUGGCGGUCUUGUGCAAAUGUACGCAAUAGCCUACAUUCAAAAGCACUCGCCCCAGUUCUUCACCCUCAUCGAACCAGUGAACUUUAUUGCUCUGGCUUCGCCUCUGCUAGGAUUGAACCAUGAGAACCCACUCUACUUGAAAUUUGCACUCGACUUUGGCUUGGUAGGCCGCACAGGUCAGGACCUUGGUCUUACCUGGAGAGCCCCAACAAUCGCGCGAAGCGGUUGGAGCGCCAUAGUCAGCAACCUCGGGGAGAACGCGCACAAGAAACUGCUCGGCGAGACGGACGACUCGAAGCCGUUGCUCCGUAUCCUUCCCACGGGGCCUGCGCACAUUGCGUUAAAGGCCUUUCGCAACCGAACCCUAUACUCAAAUGUCGUAAACGACGGAAUCGUACCGCUGCGGACCAGCUGUCUGUUAUUUCUAGAUUGGCAAGGAAUUGGGCGCGUGGAGAAGGCACGCCGCGAGGCUGGCCUCGUGGAGACUGUCGUGGGCUUUGGCUGGUCGGAGUUAAUGGGCGCCAAUGUAACGUCACCGAGAUCAGCAUCAUGGCCCGUCAGUACCUCUGAAGAUGAAGACGACGGAAAUGAUGAGACGAAGCGAAAGACAAAAGAGGGACGGCAGAAAGACAAGGGCUCAUCUGAUCUCACGGUUGAUCCCGGCGGUACAGCAUCUCCAUUCGAGGAUGGGGCGUUGACACCUGUAGCACCUAAUUCACACGAGGUGCCCCAGCCGUCUGGAAACGCCAUUCUGGAAGACGACAGACAAAGCAUCAGGUCUGUCCCGACGACCUCAUGGGCAGGCAUGACAUCAGGAUCGAUGACGGCUGCCAACCCAUUCACCGGCUUCUUCAACUUUUUCCGGAAAGACGAACCUCCAAAGCCCUCGCCGCCCAACCACAAACAGAACAAGAUACUUAAAAGAAGUCAGACUCUGUCGUCCAAGGAAGGCGAAGCUACGAGCUCGGCAUCGUCCUCCACCUCGAGAGUCACAACAGGGCACGAGCUCAGCCGCGAGGGAGAUGACGGUAUGGCGGCGCCGCCGAGAACAACUCUGUUUGAAGCGGCAGGUGAUUUGCUUAACCCCAAGCUGCCUUCUGUCGAGUACCUGAUCGAUCCUUCGAAACGUCCUCGCACCAUCUUCCACGACCGUGUAUACCAUCCUAGCGAUAUACCGCCUCCGCCACUGAAAAAGCGCCCAUCCUCUGCAUCUAGUCGCCGCAGAAAGCCCGCCCGAAUUGAUUCUGCAGAGACUGGGGCUUCUGCGUCAUCCAAGAGCCCGCUGUCAUCCCCAGUCGCAUCGCCAGCUACCCAUCCACGUAAGGGCUCCCAGGGGUCAUCAAACAAUGACUACGAUGACACAGCCAACACAAACCCUGCAAAGGGAUCUGAUGAGGUGAUCGAUAGCGCGGGAAUGCGCGUCGAAGAGAAGAUUGCCAGGGCUUACCACCGAGGUCUUUCCUGGCGCAAGGUUCUGGUCAAGUUGGAGCCCGAUGCACACAACAACAUCAUCGUGCGGCGCAAGUUUGCCAACGCCUUUGGAUGGCCCGUGAUCCAGCAUCUCGUUGAAGCGCACUUCAGCGACUCGGCUGUUGCACGCAAACCUGACAGCGCCGAAGCGGGUACGGAACGAGCAAAAGAUAUUGGCCUGAACCCAGACAGCCAUGGCAGGGAAACAAAGCAGCAGCCCGAGACUCCGAAAGUGGAUGAGUCACUCCACCACCCUGUAACGUCCCAGACAGAUUCAGAGCAGCGGGAAACCAGCAAAACUAGCGCUCCGCAUGGCGAUGGUCGUGAGAAACCCAAACCACAAGCUCUGUCAGCUCCUGACCUAGACCGAACUCCAAGUGAGAGGCGUGAGGCCACGGACAAGGUCUCUGAGCUGCCGAAUACCCCACCCAGAAAAUCCAACAGCAUACCCUUGAUGAGACACGGAAGUGGAAGCAGCAGUAGCAGUAAUAGUGGCACGAGCCCCGGCAGCCGCAAAGCUGGGGACGAGUCGACAAGGCCAAAUUACGACCGUAUGGACUCGAUGACGUGGAGCGAGAGAGACUGGGCCGAUAGCGAUGACGACAGCGAAGUCGAGAUCGGUGCGACUAACGGAUUUCUUGGACAGGGAUUGUUCAGGAAAGGUACAUCAAAGAACGUCACGUCUGGUCCUGGUGACUCUGGUGACGUCGAGGGUAAUGACAGUGCGAAAGCACACGGGGCUGGCUGGAACUGGACCGAAAAGAUUGUCGGCAAGGGGACAACCAGGACCAGGGCCAUGACCCCGCGAAGUCAGCCCUUCCCUUCACAGUCUGGCAGUGAGUCUUUCGAGAUUGGAAGCAGGGCUGCUCCGCAACCCAAAGUGGCACAAAAUGAUAGCGAUAAGUCCGCACCGCAAACUCAAUAA